GUGCUCUGGAUUCACUUCAAACUUCAAUCAAUCCAAUUAAUUGUGGUUCAAUCCUGAUUGGGGAUCUCCAGGUGGCGCUAAAGAGUUAAUACCUGAAUAGUUUCAUCUACCGAAGAAGAAGAUUCAGUUGACGGAAGCGGUAUUUCUCUUGUGCUGCCUGAUUGCUCAUGACCUCCCAGUCCACUCAGCCUGGCACGAUGCCCACAGCUCCAGACUCCCCAUCUCUCGGUGUGACGGUCAGCGGCAAUGUGCAAAAAUACGGUGUGAAAAAGAAAAAGGUCCUCAACGCUGAAGAAACCGAGCUGUUUGAGCUCACUCAAGCUGCUGGGAUAGUCAUGGACCAAGAGGUUUUCAAGAUCCUCGUGGACCUCCUGAAGAUGAACGUGGCACCUCUGGCUGUGUUCCAGACACUAAAGGCAAUGUGUGCAGGUCAAAAGAUUUCAGACACCAUUGCCCCCGAGACGUCAACCGUCAGUGAGGUCAGAGAAGAGGACCCUAAGGUCCCAGACAAGAGUGCUAAAAAAGCAACCACUCAGGCUCCGUCCACUGCCCCUGCGGCCCACCCUCAAAGGGCCGGGGCUAAGAUAGUGGUCUACAGCUCUGGGGAACAGAGCUCUCCUCUCUCCCAAGUACGCAGCAAAUCAGGCACAGGUCAUGCAGAGAAGCGAGAGCAGCGAGUUCCAAGGCAGGCAAGCGCCACCAGGGGGCAGAAGAGCGCCAAGAGCUCAGGCAGCAGCAGCUCUUCAUCCCAGCUCACCUCCAACUAACACAUUAACUACUGCCAUAAAAACUGAUUUCAGGUCAGUCUUGAGUUCCAGGUCUGCCAUGUGGGGCCACAAAUCUGAUCCUUUCAUGGUCUGGAUGUGCUCUCUCUCUCUCUCUCUCUCUCUCUCUCUCUGUGGAUCAGUCGGUUUGUUUUUACUCCUGUAGAGUUCUCCAUUUUUAUGUUUUAUGUUUAUUUAUUUGUUUGUUUUAUGUUGAUGUCAGCUCGAUGAUCAUGCAUAUUAAAGUGCUUGAUAUUCUAUUUGGAUUUGGGGAAUGGAUCUGAUUUUUUUUUUUAAGUAUAAAAAAAGAUGGCUUAAAUGUACAAGUUUAAAUAAAAAAAAAAUAUUAUCAGCUUCCACAUGAACCAUUUUAUCUGGAUGACAUGUGGGAACUCCUGGACAUCUUCCGAAAAUAAUGAAUGUCUUAUCAUAAGAGACCUUAUUGUGUCACUAGAGGUAGACAUACUGUACAUCCCAGUAGUGGGUUAUAGAAAUAAGCAACCAAAUUCUUUACUUGAUACUCUUUGUUUUAACUAUGAAUGAUGGAUAACUGUACCUUGAAAUGAAUCAUCCAUCUUAAUAAAAGUAUUUUUACAGUUGAUGAUAUUCAACUUCUAAUCUAUGAUAUCAUGAAGUCAGGAUGGUUGUUAAAAUGUGCUGAAAAUAUGCUUAUUUUCAGGCUGCUUCCACACUGGGGUGCCAUUUAGCUCUUGUAAAUGGACCUUUUGAAUAUAAAAGAAAAUCAUAUUUUAUUUAAGAAAAAAUGUUUAACCGUUUAACCCAUCCCAGCUAAUAGGAUUUUUUUUUAAUGCAAAAUUUGUUUUCUGACACACAAUGAUUAGAAUUAGCAAGAACACAAACUAGCAUCUAGUAAAUUAUUUCUUAAAUAAUCGUUUGCUUUCAGCAGGGAUGUGUUCUUAAAGUGACCUUGUAAGUCAGUAUGAAAAUCUCAUUGAACAUGAAUAUGACCAUGAUCUUCAGAAAAUUUGUUGCCACAUGCCAUUUUCUGUAAAUGUGACUCAUACUGCAAAUAAAACAGACAUUUUUCAUAAUCUAUAA